AUCCUCAAUAAAAUCUACAGGAAAUGCAAAUUCUGCACCUCAAAGAGAUGAGAAGCAAAGGAGUGGCAAACCACAGGAGGAGGAACAGACUAGAAUGGCAGGAGCUAUAAAAAGGUACAAUGGCAGAGCACACUGCAUCUAUCUGCAACAGGACUGAUGAACAGCAAGCAUCUCUUUCAGUCCAAGAGAAAGGUUUCCACCUAUCUGGACUCGCUGUUUACUUUGGGAGGCCUGACAAAUCCAACGAACCCAAAGAGAGAUCAUGCAAUGGAAGCGGAGGCACAGAUACUGCAGUGUGGCCCUUUUCCUCAUAGUGCUCGUGUUUGCUGGAGGCUUCGUUAUUACAAAAAAGGAAAGCUCCUUUCUUUUGAACAUCAGUUCGAGUGAAGAAAUGAGAGUGGCAAGGAUACUUAAAGAGGAGCCUUAUGAGUACAUCCUCAACGAGCCGAAUGCAUGUCUGCAGCGAGCUCCUUUCUUAGUGCUUUUGAUUGAGGUUGAGCCCAAGAAAACGGACGCCAGGGAUGCCAUCAGGAAAACGUGGGCCAAUGAAAGUGUGGCUGGGGGUUUGGGUUUCAUCCACCUUUUUUUCAUAGGUGUUAACAAUGACACCCAAAUAGAUGGCAGCAAACUGCAGCACACAAUAGAGGAAGAAAGUCAUCGAUAUCAUGAUAUCAUCCAGCAAGAUUACAGGGAUACUUACAACAACCUUACUCUGAAAACACUGAUGGGGAUGUACUGGAUUACAAAGUACUGUCCAGAGGCCAAAUACGUCAUGAAGACAGACAGUGACAUGUUUGUCAACACUGAAUAUCUCAUAGAAAAACUCCUAAAGACCAAAGGGCAACCAAUGCAGAAGUAUUUCACAGGACUUCACAUGUCAAACUUCUCCCCACACCGAAACAAAGAGAGUAAAUGGUACAUGCCCCGAGAAAUGUACCCUGGUAAGCGAUACCCCACCUUUUGCUCUGGGACUGGGUAUGUCUUCUCAGGCGACGUGGCCCAAAGGAUAUACGUGACAUCUCUGACCAUACCCAGACUGCACUUAGAAGAUGUUUACGUGGGUAUAUGUCUAGCUAAACUAAAGAUAGAGCCAACGCCACCACCAAAUGAACAUCUGUUCAAUCACUGGCGAGUGGCCUACUCUAGCUGUAGGUACAGCAACCUGAUCACCUCUCAUGGGUUUCAUCCCAAUGAGAUCAUCCAGUACUGGCAGCACCUGCAGAGCAACAAGCACAAUCCCUGCCAACAGACUGGGUAGAAAGUUCAAUAAACAAAAGUUCAAAAAAUUAAAAAUUUGUUCUGCUUUGGAGGUUUUAUCAUCAAGUUAAAAAGACCUGUGACAUUUCACGUUCUUCCAAAUACAACAGAUUAAAGUUCUUGUUUCUGGACAACCUUACCUGGGGUUUUUUGAUUAUCUUUUUUUUUUCUUUUUUAAUUACUGUAAUCUUAAUGAUCUUCACAAGCCUGCCUGUUUGAAUGGGUAUAAAAUAUUCAGUUAAGAAGAAACUGAUGAAACUGAGACAAAUUAAAUCCAGAAGAACUGUAGCAACAUCUUCAAGA